UUUAGGCGGAGUUACUAUGAGAGGAACCCGAGGUGGCCUGCAGUCCACCAGUCUUCCAGGGUCUCUGGAUGUCUGUUCCUGUAAGUCGUCACAGAAUGUGUAGCCAAAGAGCAGGACGGAGCGGUUUACAGGCAUCCAAGUCUCUCUGUCAGAGAGUCAUUCUGGAUUAAAGUAUCUGCUGGCUCACAAAGAAGAAGCAGAGAGGUCGACGCAGAGGGGCAGCAGCUGAAGCAUGGGGGUAUUAUGAGACAAAACUCAGCCUGCUUUAGUCGGACAUGGGAAAAGACAUCCUCCCCUCCUUGUAAGAUGUUUCCUCAGCACAGAGAAAGAGAACAGCCGAUCUUCAGUACCCGCGCCCAUGUGUUCCAGAUCGACCCCGCCACCAAGAGGAACUGGAUACCUGCUAGCAAGCACGCCGUCACGGUGUCUUUCUUCUAUGAUGCCAACCGCAACGUGUACCGCAUCAUCAGUGUGGGUGGAACUAAAGCCAUCAUCAACUGCACUCUCACCCCCAGCAUGACAUUCACAAAGACAUCACAGAAGUUUGGUCAGUGGGCAGACAGCAGGGCCAACACUGUCUAUGGUCUGGGUUUUGCCACAGAGCAGCAGCUGCAUCAGUUUUCAGAAAAGUUUAAGGAGGUGAAAGAUGUUGCAAGGCUGGCUCGAGAGAAGUCUCAGGACAAGGACUUAGCCAACAGCGCCCUCACCAUUGCUGCCCCUCAGUUUUCACAGGACCUCUCGGAUGAACUCCAGUCUCCGCCCGUGAUGUGUGCGAAUGGACCAGAUGAUAAGCUGUUUCGCAGUCAGAGUGCAGACAUAACUUUGUCUGCAGAGAAGGAGCGCAUUAAGAAGAUGCUGUCUGAAGGGUCUAUUUGUGAAAUGAAUCUGGAUGCAGAGCUUUUCACUUUACAGGACAACAACUCCAGGUUGGUGGCAGCUUUGCACGAGGCCAACGCCAAUGUGGAGCAGUGGAAGAAGCAGCUGGUGGCGUACCAGGAGGAGACGCAGCGACUGCGAGACCAGGUGGCUGAGCUGGAGGCGCAUGGAGGCCAGGGACCCAGUGAGCUGCUGAAGAAUGAACUGACUCAGUCCCUGGAGGAGCUGGAGGCCCUCCUCAAGGCCAAAGACGAGGAAAUUCACAUUUUACAGGGCAAGAAAGCUGAGUACCAUGAAAUGGAGCAUGAGCGGGAUAAGGCCAUCCACAGGAUGAGGGAAUUGGAAAUGCGAAACUCAGAGUUGGAGCGUCGAAUCCAGAACACGGAGCAGAACCUGAGUAACUCCCUAGAAGACCGGGAUCGCAUGGACACAGAGAUACAGAGGGCCAUCGAAAUUCUGGAUAUUAAGAUUUUUGACCUGAAUGAUUUACGCCAGAGCCUUGUCAAACUUCUAGUGAAAUAAAAACAGAGGACAGAAGACAAACCCACGAUUCUGAGUCUGUAAACUCAAGGAGUCAAAAACAGAUGACACUGUUCAUCUGUUCACUCACUUGCUUUAGGUUGUUUUUAGGAGUUAAAGUCAGUAAACUAAACCAAAUAUGCGCUAAGUGCUUGAACAGGUCACAUAUUGAAAUAGCUGCUUUUGGAUUUUCUGUGUUAGGACAUUUGCAAACACAAAAGCGAUGUAGGAGCCAGAUGCCUUGUUAUGUCUUCUUUGCAACAUAAACAGAUAUACAAGUAAGCAAACAAAGCAAAAAGGAUUCUUUUUAUAGAUUAGUCCAUUGAAGAGACAAUAAAAUAUUCUUAGAGAAUAAAAAGUUUAGUCGAGGAGAUCAACACAUAGCUAUGCAGGGGAGGAUAAAUGCGGCCCGAUGUGUGAAUGUGCUUGAAAUGAUCAGUUAGUCUAGAAUUUACAUAAAUACACAUUAGGUCACAUUACUGAUGCAGUAUUAUGAAAUUGGUGGGAAUUUUUUUUUGUCCUCUCUCUCUAUCUCUCUCUGUCUAUAUUUCUCUCUAUAUACACACAAACACAUAUAGUAAAGAUUUUUUUAUAGUAACUGCUUCCCUGCUCAACCAAACUUGGACUGGCAGAAAGCCUGAGGUGCCACAUUUCCAAGGAUGGGUGCAUGUUUGCAUGAACUCUGUCAAUGCCUAACGCCUCAUUUGCCGUUGACUCUUUGGUUUAUUGGCUUCUUGAAGAUAAAAAAAUGGAAUGCUGGUAAAUGAAGAGGUUCUUCAUCAUCAAAACAGAAGCCUUGGUGGAGUGUGGGAGAACCAAACACAGCCACAACAGCCCAGCCCGGGACGUCCUCUUCAUGCUGUUCACACACUAAAGUGGGAUGACAGUCCUUCCUCCAAGCAGCUCUCUGGAAUCAGCAUGCGCAUUAGCCAGUGUGGAUGUGCUGCUGGCUUUGGGACAGAUAGCAUGCCUGUGCUGCCUAUGCAGAUCCAAAAAGUAUUUACUACUGUUAAGGUUUCUAAAACUCCUGGACUAUGAUGGAUGAUGGAGUAUGGAAAUGCCACCUGACAGCACUCUGGGUCCACCAAAACAUGCUUUUCUACACAUCGUACCUUCAAUCCAACAGAGCUAAAAAGUGAAAAAAAAAGUGGUGCAAAUGGGCCGCUAAGUGAAAGACAGUCGUGGGAGCCCCAUGAAUCCAGGGAUGGCCUGGGAGUCUGUACAGACUCUCUAGGCCAGUGGUCUUCAACCCUUCAAUAUCCUCGUGAAAAUAUAUACGGGAAUUUACCCUUUCUUUGAUUUUACCUUCUGCUAUGGACAAUAGCCUUGACAGUCUGACUCUUUUUUCUGCUUGACAACCCCAAUGAGAAUUUGUCUGCAACUUUUGUCUUUAUUUUUGAAGCCUUACUGUUUUCUUUUUAGAGUGUAAGUAAACAGCUUAUUGACGGUCAGUGUUCAACUGUAAAUAAAACAGAAUGUAGCUAC